AUGCCGUUCCCGCCCACACCACCGACAACCACGGACGCCGAUCGUACCGUCCUCGUGCAAUCCGUUGAUCGAUUCAACGUUUCAACCACCGAUCGAUCAAUAAUCGAUUAUCACAUUGUAUUUGUUUUCGUCAAAUGCUAUUCGCGUCUAUUCAUGUCGCGAUUCCAUUCAUGGUUAAUGCACGUGUUUGCCUACUCCACGACGAAACACCUACCAAUGCAAACAAUGUCUGGAAUUCUUCAAGAUAAUAACGCCAGUUGUCGCCAGGUAGCGCCGAGUAUGAAUGUCGUACAAGGCUUGCUGUCGGCUGUUACUCCACUCUCCGAUGGUGACUUUGCAGACCGUCUCAACUAUUGUGCAACCACUGUCGGUUUAGUGUUGACAUCGGCGUUCAUUUCUGGAUGGAGCUUUGUCGGUUCACCUAUCCAAUGCUGGUUUCCGGCUUAUUACAAAGGAUGGUGGAUGGAAUAUGCGUUAGAUUACUGCUAUGUACAAAAUACGUAUUUUGUACCCAUGACGGACAUUAAAGUCCAUAACGCUUUCGAUUUCAAUAAUCACAUGGUGGAACUUCCAAGAAAUUACAGCGAACGCGAAGAGAGACAGAUUGGUUACUACCAGUGGGUACCGUUUAUACUUGCCGCACAAGCGAUUCUCUUCUAUCUCCCGGUAGUCAUAUGGCGUUCAAUCUACGAAAGCUCAGGCUUCAAAGUCCGAGCCAUCUGCGACACCUGCAGUAUGCAUGCAAACAUGGAUGAGGGCACCAGACAGAAGAAUAUGAAGACGAUUGCUGCAUUUCUUGUUCAGGAACAUGCUGUAGCGGUAGUAAAAGCAGGAAGAGCCAGAAGGAUCACCAGCGGUAGCUAUAUCACUAUUGUCUAUGUGGCCGUUAAGUUCCUCUACGCAGUGAACGCCAUCUUCCAAUUUAUGUUCUUGAAAAAUGUACUCGGUGUGGAUACCUACACCUGGGGGUGGGACGUUACCAUGGACCUGUGGAAUGGUCGCGAGUGGCCAGAAACAGGAAAUUUUCCGAGAGUAACAAUGUGCGACUAUGAUGUAAGAGUCCUCGGCAACCUGCAUAGACACACCGUACAGUGUGUGCUGAUGAUCAACAUGUUCAACGAGAAGAUCUUCGUGGUUUUGUGGUAUUGGCUGUGUGUUAUGCUGAUUGUGAGUGUAUACAGCUUCAUCAAAUGGGCUGUGGCUACAGCAACAACCAGCGUAACUGGAAAAGCACUGGUGAACAGCUACAUCCAACAAAUCGACUCAUCGGUGGCACGCAGCCUGCACAAGCGCUCGCUUCUCCAGCAGUUCGUCUCCGAGAAGUUACAAACCGAUGGCGUAUUCUUAGUGCGGCUUGUUUCUGAAAACUCAGGAGAUAUGGUCACGCUGGCGCUAUUGAAGACAUUGUGGGAGGAUUUCGUGAAACAACGCGGUGAACACCCUCCACCGUAUACGGAACCGCUUUUGGAGAUGUUCUUUUUGGACGCGUUCCUCAAGGGCCUCAAACCUCAGUACGAUGAUGAUUCAUGCGAUCGACUGAACUACUACUACACACCAAUGUUAUUUGUGAUCUUCUCGUUGACUCUAAGCGCUAAACAGUACGUCGGUCAACCUAUACAGUGCUGGAUUCCAGCCCAAUUCACAGGAGCAUGGGAACAAUAUAGCGAGAACUACUGUUUCGUACAGAAUACGUACUUUGUUCGACCGGACAGCUAUAUCCCGGACAGUGUGAUCGACAGAGAAAAUGCAGAGAUUGGCUACUAUCAGUGGGUUCCGUUCAUACUUGGCCUACAGGCGAUCCUCUUCUAUCUGCCAGCUUUAUUCUGGAGGCUAUUCAAUUGGCAAUCAGGAGUGGCUGUGAAAUCGCUGGUUAAAAUGGCACGUGAAACCACUGACAUGCAACCAGAGAGGAAGCGAGAAGCCGUAGCGGUGGUAGGCGCUCAUAUACAUGAUUCGCUUCGUGUACAGAGGAAAAUCUCUCAAUACAAGGGUAUCACAGAAUGUGUACAUCGCGGUAUGUACCUCAACUGCUUAUAUCUAUUCGUCAAACUGCUCUACGUACUACAAGUUCUCGGCCAGUUCUUAAUUCUCAACAGCUUCCUCUCAACCAGCUACACAAUGUGGGGUUUUGGUAUCCUCAACGACCUAAUGCAUGGGCGCGAAUGGGAGGAAAGCGGACAUUUUCCGCGAGUCACCAUGUGCGACUUUGAGGUUCGAGUACUGGGUAACAAACAUCGUCACUCUGUUCAGUGCGUGCUGAUGAUUAACAUGUUCAAUGAGAAGGUCUACCUUUUCAUCUGGUUCUGGCUGCUCGGCGUUGCCAUCUACAAUAUUGGUAACUUCUUCUACUGGUGUCUCCUACUGCUCCCCGAGGAGAAGCGGACGAACUUUGUCGGUUCGUACCUGAAACUUCUCGGUCUAGUGAACGACGAGGAUAUUUCAAGUCACCGUGCACUAAAUAAGUUUGUGCAAAGGUCAUUACGUGCCGAUGGAGUGUUUAUACUUCAUCUUAUUUCUAAGAACGCUGGCGACAUCAUCACUACUGAUAUUAUCGCUACUUUGUGGGGAAGAUUUUUGGAGGAUGAAGCCCAAGAUGCAGAGGGACCCCAGGCUCCUACGCUCGAGGAUGUGGACGGGUUCAAGGAGCGGCUUGACAAGCAACCACUUAAUUAG